AUGAGGGCGGGCGGCUUCGCGCUCUUCCCACUAGAUGGGGGUGGAGGCAUUGCACAGAGCGCGCCGGAGCUCGCCCCAACGCCGCUGAUGCUGCAGGAUUGCCCGAAGGCCCGCAGGGAAGUGGAGCUGCACUGGAGAGCAUCGCAGUGCGCGCACAUCGUCCGCAUCAUGGACGUCUACGAGAACCUCUACCAGGGGAGGAAGUGUCUGCUCAUCGUCAUGGAGUGCUUGGACGGCGGGGAGCUCUUCAGCCGAAUUCAAGACAGGGGAGACCAGGCCUUCACAGAACGGGAGGCUUCGGAGAUAAUGAAGAGCAUCGGGGAAGCCAUCCAGUACCUGCACUCAAUCAACAUCGCGCACCGGGACGUGAAGCCGGAAAACCUCUUGUACACCUCCAAAAGGCCCAAUGCUGUGCUAAAACUCACGGACUUUGGCUUUGCUAAAGAAACCACCACGCACAACUCCUUGGCCACUCCAUGCUACACGCCGUACUACGUGGCUCCGGAGGUGCUGGGCCCAGAGAAGUACGACAAGUCCUGUGACAUGUGGUCCCUCGGCGUCAUCAUGUACAUUCUGUUGUGCGGGUACCCCCCCUUCUACUCCAACCACGGCCUGGCCAUCUCGCCCGGCAUGAAGAAGCGAAUCCGAAUGGGCCAGUACGAGUUUCCCAAUCCUGAAUGGUCCGAAGUGUCGGAGGAAGUUAAGCAGCUGAUCCGCAACCUGCUGAAGACGGACCCGACUCAGCGCAUGACGAUAACGGAGUUCAUGAACCACCCCUGGAUCAUGCAAUCCAUGCAGGUGCCCCAGACGCCGCUGCACACCAGCCGCGUGCUGAAAGAAGAGAAGGAUCUGUGGGAGGAUGUGAAG